AUGUCUUCCACCAAAGACGCUAAGACUCCCGACUCCCUCCCCGAACUGAGUUGUUUCGACAUGCUCAAUAUUUUGAGAUUGAGGUUCUAUGUUGAGCGUGAGAACUUGUGGUCCUGUGUGACCAUGGCUAUGAAGGAUGAGGCUGGCUGCCUCAACUGGAUUACGCUGCAAGUCGCUGAACAUCAAAAGUAUGUUUCAGUUGCCACUUCUAUUAUUCUCCACGGAGUUGACCACCCUUCGCUUAUUCCUAUGGUGAAGCGAACACUUUUUGUAUAUCUCCUUGAAGUACUGUCUGGUGAAGAUUCAUCUUCAUUCCUGAAGCUACAAAGUGGAAGGGUCCUUGAUCAGAGGGCACAACAGGAAAAGGGGUGCCUUGCAAUAAAAUUGGUUCUGGAAGCAGGUAGCACACCUAAGGUUGCUGUGGCAGCUCUUCUGGUUGAAAGUCCCCCUUGCCCGUCAACACCACACUCUGUGUGCAGUACCCAGGUAACCACUAGCUCUGGGAAGUCGCUUACCGGCGACAAACUGUUAGCAUUUCAAGCUUUAGUUGCUCGAAGGCCUGAGUUUGGGACGAUGCGUCGUUCUGAAAUUGAUGAGGCUCAGAAAGUUUACAAUCGCGAGACUUGCUGCUGUGGCUUCCACUUCGGGCAAGACAAUCUGCCCAUGAGUAUCUCGACCAAUAACCAUUUGGCUGGUAGGAAUUCACACGAUUUCUUAUCUGGUACUUGGUUCAAUGAACCUAGGAAGAGUGGCCACUAUACCAUUAACAGUUUGAUACUGUAG